UUCGUGAACUGUGAGGAAAAUGAGUUCGACUUCGAGCGAACAUCAAGGUAUAGCAGGCCAAUGCAACAUCUUGAAAUGAAGAUGAACUAAACUCUUAUAACGCAUAUAACGUGUUUCUUUCUAAUGGUUAUGACAACGUAAUAUUUUGUCGAGCUUUUUGUGAAUUCGUCGUCACAAAUGUUGGCAACCUUCUGAAGCGGAGGAACAGCACACAGAGAUCAUGUCAACAAAAAAGAGGAGCAGUGAAACAGAGCACCAUGAAUCAAAAAAGCUUCCUAUUUAUCAGUACAAAGACAAACUUGUUCAAGCUGUGGAGGAAAACACCUUCCUGAUCGUAACUGGUGAAACUGGCAGCGGAAAAACCACGCAGCUACCUCAGUACUUGUAUAAAGCAGGUCUUAGCAGGAAUGGCAGGAUUGGUGUGACUCAGCCCAGGAGGGUUGCUGCCAUCACUGUAGCCCAGAGAGUGUCCAGUGAGAUGCAGGUCAGGCUGGGCGAAGAAGUGGGCUACCAAGUGCGCUUUGAUGACUGCUCUACAAAGGACACUAUGAUUAAGUACAUGACAGAUGGUUGUCUGCUGAGGGAGAUUCUUGCAGACCCCAGCUUAACACAAUACAGCAUUGUGAUCCUGGAUGAAGCCCACGAGAGGAGUCUGAAUACAGAUGUUUUGCUUGGGCUACUCAAGAAGACUCUGUUAAAGGGAUCUCGUGGCAAUAAAACACCCCUCAAAGUGGUUGUGAUGUCAGCGACGUUAGAAACGGAGAAGCUCAGCUCUUUCUAUGGAAAUUGUCCUGUAUUCACGAUUCCUGGGCGUACAUAUCCAGUAAAGGAGACAUUUUGCAAUCUGAUUGGUCCAAAAGACAAAGAAAGUUCUGUCUAUGUCAAAGAGGUGGUGAAGAUGACUUUAGAUGUCCACACAAAUGAAGCAGCCGGUGAUAUUUUGGUCUUUCUGACUGGACAGUCUGAAAUCGAGAAAGCCUGUGAUUUGCUCUUUGAGAAGGCUGAGAUCUUAGAUUAUCGUUACGAUGUCCAUGAUCGAAGCGUUGAUGGGCUUCUUAUCCUUUCUUUGUAUGGAUCCAUGCCAACAGAUCAACAACGACAAAUAUUCCAACCUGCACCAAAAGGUGUGAGGAAGUGUGUGGUAGCAACAAAUAUUGCUGCAACUUCACUCACAAUUGAUGGAAUCAGGUACAUAGUUGACAGUGGAUUUGUUAAACAACUAAAUCACAACUCGAGGGUUGGAUUGGAUAUUUUGGAAGUGGUACCAAUUUCUAAAAGCGAGGCUCAGCAGAGAGCAGGCAGGGCUGGACGAACGGCUGCAGGAAAAUGUUUCAGGAUUUACAGUAAAGACUUCUGGGAUACAUGCAUGCCAGAGUACACCAUCCCAGAGAUUCAGCGCACCAGUCUUACGUCUGUCAUUCUCACACUGAAAUGUCUCGGUGUACAUGAUGUGAUCAGAUUUCCUUACCUCGACUGUCCAGAGGAAAGGUUUAUCCUGACCGCUUUGAAGCAGCUGUAUCAGUAUGACGCUAUUGACAGGAGAGGUGAAGUGACCAAGCUUGGGAGGUUGAUGGUGGAGUUUCCUCUUCCUCCUAAUCUUACUCGUGCACUGCUCAAAGCUGCAGCUCUCGGCUGUGAAGACAUAAUGCUGCCUGUGGCCGCCAUGCUCUCAGUGGAGAAUAUCUUCAUUCGACCAGGUAAACCAGAAAAACAAAAGGAAGCAGAGGUCAGACACAAAGAAAUAGCAGCUUGUUCUGGCGGCUCCAAUGACUUCCUCAUGCUGCUCUGUGUCUUCGAGAAAUGCAGAGCGAGUGAAAAUCCCUCAGCCUGGUGUAAAGAGAACUGGAUCCACUGGCGAGCGGUGAAAUCAGCCUUCAGUGUGGAGACUCAGCUGAGGGAGAUUCUUCUGCGCCUCAAGCAGCAGAAGGACUUUCCACAUGAGAGAUUUGAGGGUAGUAGAAGUGAACUUCUGCGACAGUGCCUUUGUUUGGGCUAUUUCACCAAUGUAGCCAGGAGAUCUAUUGGGAAAUCGUUCUGUACCAUGGAUGGACAUGGGUCCAGUGUUCUCAUUCAUCCUUCAUCAUGUCUCUUCGGUCAAGAAUUGCAGCUGGAUUGGAUCAUUUUUCAUGACGUGUUGGUGACCUCACGGGUGUACGUGAGAACCGUUUGCCCCAUCCGUUAUGACUGGGUGAAAGACCUGCUGCCAAAACUGCAUGAAAUUGAUGUCUAUGAGCUGAGUAGCGUUGCUAGAGAAGAAGUAACGGAUGAAGAGAUGGUCCAGUGGGAAAAGAAAGAGGCAGCAAAAAGACAAGCAGAGGCCAGAGAGGAUGCAGCAAAGAAGCUGGAGAAGAGAAACGAUGAAAGCUCAAUUACAGAAGCUCGUGCUCGCUUUUUGGAGAGAAAACAGCAGAGAAAGAGAAUAUGAAAAGAUCAAAUAUUCACCACAGAUUUUGAAUAUGAAAGACUUUAUUGUUGAGCUUGGAGUGCGUAGCUUAAGCACUAAACAGAACGACUCGUUUUUAUCAGCGUCUUUUAUUACUCACUUUUACAUGCUCUCUCUGUACAGCAUGAACACGAGACGGUAAAACUU